AUGGUAAAGACACCAUUUUCAUACCAAACACCUUACAACAAGGAAGACAGACAGACAGACAGACUGACAGACAAAUUCAGAAUCCUCUCUGACACACCACCUCACCCUCCACCCCCCGCAGUUCCUCCUUGGGAAGUGAAGGCCGGGUCUCCCCGACCAACGUCUCCGCGGGUCCAAGUCGCAAAGCUGAUCUGUGAGUCGUCCUCGAGCCUUCCUGCUUCGACAUCACUUGGAGGUCGGGCUCAGUCACCAACCACGGAGCCACUUCCAUGCACAGGUCGGGGCUCUAUGGAGGUCAGGUCACCCAGAUCUGAGCUGGAAGUCAGGGCCCUCAUAGAGGACAACCAACGCACAUACAUCUGUGACGCUACCAACGGCUUGGGCGUUACCGUAACAAGCAACGUUACGCUCAAUGUGCUACAUGAACCGGUAUGGAAAGACGUGCCCAGCGGGGUAGUGGAGGUGAAGGAGAAGGAUGACCUCUUGCUGAGGGCAGUAGCUGAUGCCAACCCACCACCUGUCACAUACAAGUGGUGGAGAGGCCCUGUCCUGCUUCAGGAAGACCAAGAAGAGGGGGGCCUCCUGGAGAUGACAAGGGUGCAUCGCCAAGAGGCAGGAGGGUACUCUGUCACUGCCGAGAGCCCCAGGGGCAUCGUCAACGCCUCCUUCAUCCUCAACGUCCUCAACGGACCGGAGGGCGUGAUGGCGCCCAAGAGAGUGACAGUAGACGAGGGCGGUUCCACUGUCAUCGCCUGUUCGGCCAUAGGGAACCCCACCCCCAACGUCACCUGGUUCACCCACAAUAAUCAUUCCAGUGUUCGCGAGGUGUUAUCUUGGGGGAUAAGUGAGGCUCGACUCCUGGUCGACUUCGUCACCAGAGCUGACACUGGCUUCUACAGGUGCCUGGCUACCAACGUCGUGGGGACUUCCAAACCAGUGAAAAACAGCUGUCGUCGUCACUCGCACACUACUGUGGCGCUCGCACGAGAGAAUCCCCGAGACCUUCGAGGCGAGAUCCCGGUCCCUACCGGGCUGCUCUAUGAGCAAGAGCUCGUGCUGGCAUAA